AUGGCAAAACAGAACAUAAAUAAGAAUACCGAACACUUGCCAGGUGAAGAUACAAUAUCCGGAAGGAAUCAUAAUAUAGAGAGUAAGCAAAAUAAUAUUGAUAGUGAAGAUGACGACGAAGAGGAUGAAGAUUACGACCCUGAAAAGAAAAAUGAAGCAGAUAAUGCAAGUGGUGUCUCCAGUGACGAGGAAGAAGACAAUGAUCGAUAUAAAGAUGAAAAAUCAUCCAAAAUACCUGACUAUUCUACUAUUGAAUCAAGUACAUCACAAAUUAAAACUAGAUCUCAAAGACUUCAUGAAAAACUACUGAAUCAAUCUAGAUUUAUUGGAAAUUUUGAGGUUGAUUCGAAAACAGGACUUGUCAAGGAUCAGUCGACUAUCGAUGUUGACUCGAUAUUUGAAAAUUUGAAAACUGGGAGUCCAAGUAUAGAUAACCUGGAAGAAUUAAAUAUUGACAAUGAAAAAAUGGCAAAUAAUCAACAACAACAGUCGAAUAUAGAUGAAAAUGAAUUUGAAGGUCCAAAACAGAUUAAAAUCCAAAUCAAUUACACAUUUGCUGGAAAGCUAAUAACAGAAACAAAAUACGUUGAUGAAAACUCACAAGAAGCCAAGGCAUACUUAAACUCGACAAGCAAUAUUUCUUCCAGUAAUUCGGACAAUGAUAUCCCCUAUAGACGAUCUCAAGUCAAGGUGAUUAGAACGGACCCCGUGACUAAUGAAACAAAGGAACUACGCAUCAAACUUAAAAGGCCAUCUUUGAUAGAUAGGUUUUUAUCGGUCAGUGCUAAUAGCAAAAAAAUGAAAUUGUCCACUCUAGAGAAAUCACGGCUAGAUUGGGCCAGUUUUGUUGAUAAGAGGAAUAUUAAUGAGGAAUUGAAAAUUCAUAAUAAAGCUGGUUACUUGGAUAAACAAGACUUCAUAAACAGAAUGAAUUCCAAGCGGGAUGAUUUAUACUUGCAAGCUAAAGAAAAAGAAAAAAUACGGAAUCAACAAUUGCUACAGAAGUGA